AUGGGCCUCGUCUACAACACCUACCUCAACUCCGACAAAAUCUUUGGCUGCAAAAACUGCAAGACGCAUCUCGCAAGCCACGAUGCUAUUAUUUCACGCAAUUUCCGUGGCCAACACGGCAAAGCCUACCUCUUCAACGCCGUUGUAAAUAUCUCUCAAUCAGAAGCCACGGAACGGAAUAUGACCACCGGCCGUCAUAUUGUACGGGAUAUAAUGUGCCGACAGUGCAAGGAGACGGUGGGGUGGAAGUACGACAAGGCGUACGAGCCGAGUGAGAAGUAUAAGGAAGGGAAGUUCAUACUGGAGGCAGAGUUGCUGUGUACGGUGUACUAG